AUGACGACAAGUGGCAUCACAUGGAUCUUUUUUUCCUCAGUCUUGGCAGCACCUCCAAAACCUCUUUACAACAUCUCCACUCUCGUUGGAAGCUCUUCCUCUCCUGUGGCCAAUCCAUUUGGAGAUUCCACUCAACUUGACUCGUAUUUUUCAUGUCUGACAUUUCCAAAAAGUUUAUCUUUGAAUUUGAACGCCACUCGAUUGUACGUGACUGCCACCUACGAUCACUUGAUUCGAAAAAUUUCUCGACAUCCUUCAAAUGUCAAUGUGAAUAUUAUUUCCACUAUUGCAGGAACUGGAGAGGAAGGUUUCGAUCCGGAUGGAACGGUUGCUACAUUGGCAAGGUUGAGACGACCUGUUCAUGCUAUUGAGAAUCCUGUGAAUUCCGAUGUGUUUAUUUCCGAUUCGGGAAAUCAUUGUGUGAGAAUGGUGAAUUCUCAGAGUAGUUUGAUUUCAACCGUGGCUGGAACGUGUGGAGUGGAAGGUUAUGGUGGUGAUGGUGGAAUGGCUCUUAAUGCCUUGUUUAAUAAUAGCAUGUAUUUGGUAAUUACUCAAAAUGGAAAAACAUUAUUCAUUUCUGAUACUUUUAAUGGAAGAGUGAGAAGAGUCGAUUUAUCAACAGGAAUGAUCACAACCAUCGCAGGAAACGAUACAGGCAAAACCAUUAAUUGCACCUUAGCUUUUGAUUGUCGUCUCGAUCAACCACAAGGUUUGGCACUCUCCAAAGACGAGUCGAUUUUAUAUGUUGCAGAAAGUGCAGCCAACAAAAUCCGAAUGAUUUCAUUGAAUUCAAAUCCAAUGACCAUCUCGACAUUAACGUUCUCUGGAGGAGGGUUGAAUUUUCCAACACAAAUUGCACUCAAUGGUUCUGAACUGUACAUUUUGGAUCAUAAUGCAAAGGAAGUGAAAAAGUUGAGUUCACCUGGGUUUGUAAAUCUCCAAACAGUUUAUGGAAGUGCCUAUUUUGAACAACCUGGUGGUCUUGCUGUCAAUUCCAAAUUAGGAAGUGUCUAUGUUUCUGACGUGUCGUCCAAUCUUGUAAAGGCAUUUUCAAUUUUGCCUGGAAUUGAACCAUCGAUCAUUGCUGGUAAAUGUCAAAGAACAGCUUUUAUCGGAGAAAAUGUCAAUGGAAGUGAAAUCGUUUUAAAAACACCUUCCGCCCUUGCUUUCAUUUCCAACGAAAUGUACAUUGCUGACACGAAUCAUUACAUCAUUCGAAAAUUACAAAACAAUGGAAAAGUCAUCACAGUGGCUGGAAAUACCAUUCCAGGAGUAUUUAAUACCAGUGAAAUUGUUCCAACAAUGAUGACGAGCAAUUCGGCUCAUCCUCUCGAUGCAAUUUCGUCCAUGGCUCCAAGUGUGAAUGAAAGUACUGGACAAGUUCAUGCACUCUACUUGUCAGAUCGAUCUCAAUCGGUAAUCAUGAAAUGGAACUUGAAAGAUGGAUCACUGAUAGGAGUGGCAGGAUCGAAAGAUAAUUCUCUGUCUUAUGAUGGAGAUGGAGGUUUGGCCAUUCAUGCAAGAGUGAAUCCGAAAAGUCUUUUGGUCGUCCAUUCGAAUUUUUCAAAUACUUCUCCCAAUUCUUCAUUUGAUUCUAAUAAUAGAGAUGGUAUUUACAAGAAUGUCAUUGGAGAAGUCUAUUUUGUGGAUUCUUAUGUAAAUAUUAUUCGAAAAAUUCUGACAAAUGGAACCAUUGUGAGAGUGGCUGGAGUGCCACGAUUGAAUGUGACAUCAAAUUCUGGAGAUGGUGGAUUGGCAUUGAAUGCUUUCAUGUCUCCACAAGCCAUAGCGUUUGAUUUGGAAGGAAAUUUACUUGUGGCCAGUUUGGGAGUGAUUCGAAAGAUUUUUAUUCAAAAUGGAACGAUUGUGAGAGUGGCAGGAAAUGAAACGAUUGGUUUUGGAGGAGAUGAGGGAUCGGCACUGAAUGCACAAUUUUCUUCUCAAAUUUCUUCUCUCUACAUGUCACCUGUUGAUGAUUUAUACAUUUCCGAUUAUGGAAAUGCAAGAAUUCGAAAAAUUUCUGCAAAAACAGGAAUUGUGACCACAGUAGCAGGAAAUGGACAACGUUCCUUUUCACCCAUUGGAGAAUACGAACCUUCAAAUGCUUUAACCCAAUCAGUGUCUCCAUUCUCGAUCAUUGGCGACCCAACAGAUCCAAAUUCUCUUUAUUUGGUUGAACAAGAUUUUGAAAGAAUUCGAAAGAUGACACAAUUUUGUAAAGAUGGAUGGACUGGACCGAAUUGUUCCAUUUUGAAAUUGAAGAAAAUGAAUGCUUGGUUUGAAACCAGCAUGUCCUUUACUGGUUCAACGGUAUCUGUUAGAUUUGCCAUUGAUGAUGAAGAUUUUAAAUAUUACUACGAUUCAGGAAGUGUCACUUUUUCUGUUUUACUUUAUAAGGAAACGUUAACAACAAACCGAAUGAUUGAAAUGGUUUCUUCCAAUCUCACAAAGAAUGAGCCAUUGAAGUGGAAAUUUGUUUCGAAUGGUAAUUAUUCAGCUGAAUUUUCAGUCAAGUUCGAAGGAGCUUUUUUAGGAAGUGUUCAAACUCGAAACAAAUUGCAAAUUGUGAAUUUUGAAGAUUUAAUGUCAGAAAGUACGCUUCGAACCAUUCCUCUAAAAGAAGUUGCAGCUCUUGCUUUAAAUCCAGAAACCUAUUCGAACGCAUCCAACAUGGUGAAUACUCUCUCUGUUCUCACACAAGCUUUGACAAGUAGAUCAGUAAGAAAUGUGUCAGACCUGUCAGAGACAUCCAUCAUUGUCACUGCUUUGGACGUCAUCUCCUCAACCAGAGAAGAUUAUUUAUCGACCUCGGUGAUCAGAAGAAUUUCAUCAUUUUUGACCAAUGUUUCGAGUGAAUUGGUUGCCAGUUCAUCCUUAUUCAUGGACAUGAAAGAUUUGUCCACAAUGGAAAUGACCGCUCAAAACAUUCUUUCAGUCUUUUCAAAUUGUUUUUCAUUUCGAAAUUUCACACCUUCUCUCAUGGAAACCAAUGUCUUGUUUGAACAUUUGAUGAUUGUGGGUUCUUCAACAAGUCUUUCUGAACAUUUAAUUCAGUGGACAAGUGCGUCGUUUCAAAUUCAUGUGAAACGAAAUUUAAAUGCGACCAUUUUUGGAAAUGAAAGAGAGGAAGAAUUACAAAUUCCAAAUCAAGGUGGAAUAAUUUCAACUCCUUUCGAAUUAAGAAAUUGGAAUUCCAACAAUGUGUCUGUAGCUGUCAUGACGUUUGGAAAUUUAGAAAAAGUGAAACGUGUCUAUUCAUGGGAUCGAGAUUCAACGACACAUUGGAUUCAAUUUUCGAAUCAAACCAAUGAGCUACAACAACAAUUGUUGACUUUACUCUCAAAUGCAACUUCCAUGUUAAAUGUUAUUCAACGUGUGAAUUUGAAUUUCCCUUUCGAACUCAAAUACAUCCAAAAUAGGGCAUUUCUUCCUGUUCGUGAUUUGAAAAAUCCAUUAAUAAUCGAAAUUGCAAUUCCAGUGGAAGCCCAGGAUGUAAUGACACAAAUUAUUAAUUCUACAAAUUUUAGAAUUGUUUGUAGAUAUUGGAAUGAAACAUCUUUCACAUGGGAAACGAACGGAUGUGUCACGAAAGUACUGAACACAAGAACUGUCACCUGUCAAUGUAAUCACACCACAACUUUUUCUGCAUUUGUAGAACUCGAUGACACUUCAUUUCUCUAUGAAAGGGAUAUGUCAUUAAUGAUUGCCCAAAUUAUUGUCGGUUCUCUAUUGAUGAUCCUUAUUUCAUUCAUCCUUCUACUUUCCAUCAUGACAUGCAAAAAGAAUCCAAUGAAAAGUCGAUGGAUUCUUCCAUUCUUUUCAUUGAGUUCUUUGAUUAUAGAAUUACUAUUUUCCUAUAUUGUCGCAAAUGCCAUUUUCAUAUCUGGGUAUUUCACAAAGGACUCGGAAACAUUACUUGUCAAUAAUGUUGUCAAAGAAGUUUCGACCAUGAUCUCGACCACUUUUUUUGCAUUGGCAUUUCUCAAUUAUUUUCUUUUAGUGGUGAGAUUUUUACUCUUUAGAUACUUUUAUGAAAUUAUGGAACUGAUUUCAAAGAUUUCCAAUUUAGGUUCUCGGGAUGCCAUUUUAAUGAAUCGAAAUGAAUCUUCUUCUUCCAUGAUCAUGGAAAUGGAUCCAAACGAUGAGAAUAAUUCCCAACCAUCCAUGAAAAAGUUUAGAAUCUUAAAGAGAAUGACAAGUAAGGGAAUGCAAAUGGCUGUGAAUCUCUUCUUAGCCAUUCUGAUUGUUGGAUAUUUUGUGAUUUUUAUUAGUUUAAAUGAAACUGAAAAUAUCACAAGUACAGAGUAUACAAAAAUUAUGGCAGGUUCACUGUUGGGAUUUGUCCUUUUUGUUUCUCUACUUGUUUUGGUGGUGUUUGUUGUGGAUGUCAUUUUUGAGAAGUAUUUCACACAAAUUACCGAUGAAACGAAUUUAAUGCUUUCUAAAAGUGACACGAAACCAAAUUUCAAAAAGCAACUCUCCAUGGAUUCUCUCUUGUUGGAUAUUAAGAAUUAUUUUAGUACCAAUGAUGCAUUAUCCUUUCGAGUGGAAUUCAUUUAUUUCAUGUUGGGAGUUGCGUGUUUUGUGAUUUCGUAUGGACUUGGAUUAUCAAGGAUUAUAGAUCGAACGGUGAGAAAUGUUCAAUCAGAAGAGGGAGUGCAGUUGGCGUUUGAUGUGUUGAAUAUUUUGUUCUUUGCGGCAGCAUUUGGAGGUCAUGCAUCGGUUGUGACAGCUGUCAAAUAUUGGAAGUCAAGAAAAACGAACAGAAACGUCAAUGGUGAGACAACUUCUGAAUCUGGAGCCAAUAAUGGUGAUGAUGGUGUGAGCGAAGAAUUGAAAGAAAUUUUAUCGAACUCCACCUUGUGCAAAAUAUUUGAACAAUAUGCAAAAUUGGAAUUCUCAUUAGAAAAUGUAAUUUUCUGGAAAAAGUUGAAUGGAAUGAAAAAAUUCAUGAAUCAAAUGAACAACAUGACGACAGGAAACGCUUCAGACUGUUCCUUGAAAACAAGCUCUUCAUGGGAAUUAAUUGAAAAGGAAUUUUCACAAUGGAAAUUCGAUCAUUUGGAUGCCAACGCUUCGAUGGAGCUCAACUUUCCUUCUCACAUCCAACACAAAUUCAAUUCUGUCUUUUCUCGUUUACAAAAGAAGGAAUAUUCAGAGACAACUUCCUCUCUCCAAACACAAAUUCAAGAAUUGAUCGAAGAAAUGCAUUCGAAUAUCAUUUUGAAUUUGAGUGAUACCUUUUCAAGAUUCAUGUUCACAGAGAGUUAUCAGAAAAUCAUGACCUCCAUUGAGCUCAAAAAGGAAAUGAAUUCUUCUUUUGAUGAACGUUCGGUAGGAAAUUGCUAG